GUAUAGUACAGAGGUCCCCAAUGGUGUUAUUUUACCGAUGAUGAUAGUAAUAUUUUUUUAAAAAAACCUUUCAAUUUACAGCUGAAAAUAGAUCCCUAAAACGUGACAAACCUCCAGCUAGAUUUAAAGGUUCAAAGGGGGGUAGAAAGAUGCUCUGAGGGCAUGAGGGGUGAAGUGACACUAUACAAAACAAGGAGGAAACUAGUUUGAUUGAAUAAGGAAAUAAUAUAAACCACAUUAUCUCAUAGAACUGAGAUUCUUGAAGGAAAUGUCUUCCCCAGAAGAGUGUGCGCGCCAUACAAACGGUUCUGUGUGCCCCCUUGAUUUGGGUUAUGACUUGCUCAAAUUAUACUUGAAUCAAACAGAAAAGAAAGAUGACAUAAGCAUUUAAAUUUAGAGAGAGAGACUAUUAGAGGCACGCAGCUAAAAUUAUCAACGAUCGCUGUGAGCGAUCACUCUAAAUAAAAAAGUUUGGAAACCAGUCACUGCUGACGGCUGAUGAACUUUCCAUGUUUUUGGCACCCCCCCGCCCCGUCCUUUUCUUAAUGGACUAAUCUACAAAUCAAAACGUGAGGAAUAUCUGGCCACGAAUCCACCCCUGGGUUCUCUUCUUACAAACGAAUAUUGCUUCCAAAUUGGGGGGGACACUUGGCUGACAAAAAUGCUAACCGACCAACCAACCCAGCAGGUUUAAAAUUUGGAGUUAAAUAAAAAAAAGGGGGGGGGAGAGAGAGGCUUAUUAGAAUGUACUUCCUUCUGCUUUUCUUUUUCACCUGUUUUAUGUGCCCUUUAAUGACUUCUGAACGUGGGUAAGAAUAGCAACACAUGUAAACAGUUUGACCAGGGUGUGUGCGCGCUGGAGAGAGGGUGGACCAUUACAGUGCUAAUGCAUAGACAUUUGGGCUAUAAAAUACUUCUCUUCUGAGAAUCGUAUUUACAAAGAGAUAUUUAUGAUUUAACAAAGGAAUUCUGUAAAGUGUUCCCUGGUGCUGACACUGUUCUUAAUAGGAGGAGAUCCUGUUAGGAGGGGGAUAAAAUGAUCAACAAGUCUUUUAAAUUGUGCUUCUUUAAAACGCACACGGGGGAACUACCUUUAUGGGGGCUUGUUCGUUUGCAAAUUAAAACAAGGGCUUCAUUCGCUGACUUUCCCAACCAGGCAGCGUUAUUGGAAAGGGUAGGUAGGGAAGGCAGCGUGUGGCAAUAAAGGGGUUAAUCCGCAGAGCACAGAGCCAUCUGGCUGAGCUGGUUUGUUAUAAUCGAGCAGAUUAUGUUCACGGGACUCAGAGUUUAAGGCUCCUCUCCCAUAGAGCAACUCUGCACAGCCCAAGCAAACCAACUUUGGGACUUUGAAUGAACAUAUUUACAUCAACCUCUCUCUUCAUGUCGACUUUUCUGGAAACAUUCACACGGAUGCCAUGGUUACUCCUACCACGAAAUAUGCUGUAUCUAGAGAGAGGAACAGUUGGGGUUGAAUUAGGCUACUACGAGGGCAUUGUCUGAUUCCCAUAUUGCAAACCAGUGAUGUAGAGACGAGAACCGUCUCAAUAGACAGGGAUGUGCGAGAUUUGCUCCGCUCUGUUCCUAUAAGCUCUCAGAGAAAGUCCCCUUUGCUGCUAGGCUCGCGUGAAGCGUGCAGAUAGCGUGCGAAGUUUGCCCUAACGCUGUGCCUACCGACAAGUGCCCUGACAAAAGACAGCCCUCCCAGGCUCAGCCAUACCUGCUCUGUGUAUAAGAAAGUGAAGGGUGACAGACUGCAACUCCUGCCAAAGGUGUCAGCAACAGCCGACGUAAAACAACCCCAGUCCCCACGCUUAUGGCACAAUGGACAAAAGCAGCCGAGAGGCAAGCGAGUGAGGAGUGAUUCCAGCUGCUUGUAGUACGAAGGCUGGUCUCGGAUACACACGUAUCUUACAGGUGAACAAGGUGAUGUCCAUCUUGUUUUAUGUGAUAUUUCUUGCUUAUCUUCGUGGCAUCCAAUCUACCAACAUGGAUCAAAGGAGUUUGCCAGAAGAUUCAAUAAAUUCUCUCAUUAUUAAACUCAUUCAGGCAGACAUUUUGAAAAACAAGCUCUCCAAGCAGAUGGUGGAUAUUAAGGAAAACUAUCAAAACACAAUGCAGAAAACAGAGGCUCAGCAGGACGUGGAUGGAGUUGAAAAUGUGAAAUCAGACUUCCAGCCAGUUAUCUCAAUGGAUGCAGAACUAUUAAGGCAACAGAAACGCUACAAUUCUCCCCGAGUCCUCUUGAGUGACAAUACCCCAUUGGAACCUCCACCUUUGUAUCUUAUGGAAGAUUAUAUUGGAAAUUCUGUAGUGGUGAACAGAACCUCCAGGAGGAAAAGGUAUGCAGAACAUAAGAGCCAUCGAGGGGAAUAUUCUGUAUGUGACAGUGAAAGUUUAUGGGUCACGGACAAAUCAUCCGCUAUUGACAUUAGAGGACACCAGGUAACUGUGCUAGGAGAAAUUAAAACAGGCAACUCUCCCGUCAAACAAUAUUUUUAUGAAACAAGGUGUAAAGCAGCCAAACCGGUAAAAAAUGGCUGCCGUGGCAUUGAUGAUAAACACUGGAACUCCCAGUGCAAAACAUCCCAAACGUAUGUAAGAGCACUGACUUCGGAAAACAAUAAACUCGUAGGCUGGCGAUGGAUAAGAAUAGACACAUCCUGCGUGUGCGCGUUGUCGAGAAAAAUAGGAAGAACAUAAGUCUGCAUUUCUUUGCUAUAUAAAUUAUUACUUUAAAUUAUGAUAUGCAUGUAGCAUAUAAAUGUUUAUAUGGUUUUAUAUAUUAUAAGUUGACCUUAUUUAUUAAACUUCAGCAAACCUACAGUAUAUAAGCUUUCUCUCUCAAUAAAUAGGAGUAAAAAGGCAUGUGCCUCAGCUGUGGGCAGCUGCAGUUUUAUUAGAAUAUGUUUGUGACUCUGCUUAUCAGCAGCAUACCAUAAUCUUACUGUAAAAUCUGUGUAACAUCAGUAUUUUUCAUUCAGUAUUGUCAAGCCAGUGACUGUCAUUUAGUAAACUUGUUAAAAAUCAGAUAAAUGUCAAGAGUUGUGUACCCAUUUCUAUCCCCUGCUAUCUAUUUUCACAAGACAAAGUGGGUGAGGCAAUAUAUUUUAUUGGAGCAACUUCUGCUGGUGAAAAAAAAAAAACUUUCGAGCUACACAGAGUUCUUCUUCAAGCCCAGACCUGAAGAAGAACUUUGUGUACGUCAAAAGCUUCUCCCUCUCACCAACAGAAGUUACUCCAAUAAAAGGUAUUACCUCACCCACCUUGUCUCUCCAAUAUCCUGGGACCAACACAGCUACAACAACACUGCAAACCACAUAUAUUUUCAUAUUUAAUUAAAAGUGUUAAUUCCUCACCACUGAAAGGAAAACAACAUGGCCUACAGCUAACAUUAACAUUCCAGCCAUUGACUAGCUGUAAAAUACAUUUUCUGUAUGUCAUGCCAGUUUUGCCACUAGAAUUACUGUUGUUUUUCCUCUGUUAGCGUUCCAGAACUGCUGCUAAUAACCCAGCAAUUCUACUUUAGGUUUUUGAAGCACAUUUGUUUUGUAACUGGUUUUUAAUGCUGCCAAUUCCUUUUAGAAGUAAUAGGAAAAAAUCUAAAAUAUUUGUAACAGAACCUUACCAAUGCCAAGAAGCAAUCUAAGUGGAUCAUUAAUAUAAUAUAUAAAAGAUGAUUUCUUUAGAGUGUACUAUUUAUUGUGAUCAGGUUCCUCCUCUCCAGUAAUCUAUUAACUCUGCUGCAUCAUUAGAUUGUUUCUUUCUGCCUGGGGUUUUUAAAUUAGAAACAAAACCAUUGGUGUCUUAAUAUUAAAAGAAGCCUGGGUUUAGAGUUCUAGCAAAGAAGAAUACAGUCUUGGAGUAGCUGUCAAAUCUGCACUUUCAUUCAAACUGCAGUGCUGGUCAGCAUCAAUUGCUGAUUUUUCAUGGAGAAAAACAUCUGUAGAAAUGCUCAACAAACCUGGUAUUUUAUGGGGAUCAUUGAAGAAUUACUGUUUUCUGUGUGGCAUGUGAUUAAGAAUCAGGUUCUCAAGUAGGCAAUAGUUAAAGUGAAACUGCAGUGUCAUACAGAUGAGUUAACACUUAUAAAAAAAUAAAUGUACUGCUACAUACCUCAUAUAGACAUUUAUAAAUUCUGUGCACAAAACAUGUUCAAUUCUUUGCAUUUUUAUGUAGAAGCAACAUAUAUAUGCACUGAGCAAAAACUUUAGCCAUUCUAAAAUGGAGCAGCUCUAUGGAAGACCGUGUAAACCACAUUAUACCAUGGACCAGACCUUGCUUCCAUUAAAGCAUAUGGAAGUUUAAUCACUGACAGCAAUGGUCCGAGCAAGUUUAAGCUCCCUAUAUUAUCUAUAUCUGGUUGGAUCUUAAGAAUAACACAACCAGGGAGUCCAAAACUGCCCUCAAUUUAAUAGUCAUCACAAUUGCAAUGCACCAAUUCAAAUUGUUAAAUGAGCACUUUCUCCUUUGCAUUUAACAUUCAUAAAUUUAAAAAAGAACUACAGCACCAAAACAGUAGGUGGCCUGAUGGCUUUGUACCUAUAUCUUUUCACCACUGGAGAACCAGGUUCAAAUCCUCAAUAAGUCACAAGAGGAAAUGAAUUGGGUGGUCUCUCUAAUCCCCUAUGGACAGUGUAACACAUCAUAAAAACACUGCAGAGCUGGUCCAGAUUGCUCAUGAGGCCAAGGAUUGGGAUAGCUGUAAGCCAGGAUUGGAACACACAGGCAGGACUGUGUGAGGAGGAUUGUAUACAGAGCCUGACAGCAUUAGGUGUGUCUCCCACUAGACCCCUGAUCUUAUAAGGUGCAAAAAACUCUCAGGUCCCCAGUCAGGUUGCUCAGUACCUCACAGGAGACAUCCAGCACUUUGCAGGAUUAAACCCUAAAUUCACCUUCAGUGAGGGCGAUCAAAGAGCGCUAUAGAACGUUUAGUGCACAGUAGCAGGGUCCACAUCAAUGGUUAGUGAGCGACAAUCUACUGCAAGGGAGAUAGCACGCAGCAAGCUGGGGUAUACAACUGUUCAUCUAGACAAGCCCUCAAUAUCCAAUAGAGGUGGUUACAAUCCCCCCACCUCUUUGGAGCAUUUCAAUGAAAAAAAUUAAACAUUCAUUUUUACUGACAUUUUCAGUGUAAAAUUUUGACUUUUAAUUGAAAAAAACCAAACCAAUUGUUUUUCAGUUUUCUGCCAAAAAAAAAUUCUGUUUCCCACUGAAAAAGGGGAAAAUGUUGAGGAAAGUAGAUGCUUUCAAUGAAAAUAUGCAUUUAAUCAAAUCCCAAAUUUUCCAUUUAAUAAAAAGAAAAGUUUUGAUGGAAAAUUUUCAGCCAGCUCUGGUAUCUAAGCUAUUCAGAGACAAGCAGGCAGCCUUACAUUCAGGGGUCUUGGCAUUCAGUGUCCAGUGUAUGUCUAUAUCUAUGCGCUAAAUGAAGUGGUGAAACUAACUGAGCUUGUUAGACACUGCUACCUACUUGAAAAGACUCAUCAUCAUUUCCAUUUGCUUUAGUGAGUCUGUUGCCACUGAAGGGGUAGAUUCUGCUUUCAGUUACACUAGUGUAAAUCCACAGUCAUUCCACUGAAAUCAAUGGAGACACAGUAAUUCUACUGUAGUCAGAUUUACACCAAUGUACUUAACAUCAGAAUCUGGCCCAAAGCUCUUUGGAAAUCAAAAAAAUUAACUCUGGAAAAAAUCAUUUACUGCUUUCUAAUGUAAAUCAUGUAAUUAGAACUGGCACCAGGACUCUAACUUUAUCAAAGUACGGAGUGUUUUGCAAGUGGAAGAAGAAAGUUGCAGAGAAAAUAUGGUAUAGUGCUGAUCAUCUGAAAUGUAUUACAUGACAAAGAAACAUGGUGCAUAAGGUUAUUAGAUUGACUGCCUCAUUCCCACCUUAGUAUAACAAUGAAAAGAAGUGUUACCCUUAGGCUCUGAUCCAACUCCUACUAAAGUCAAUGGAACAAUUGCCACUGAUUUCAAAGGAAAUUGGAUCGGGCCCUGAGUGAAGAAAAGCUACAGAUUUCAACAGUGCUGCAGUGUAAUUGUAUGCGUCAGUUACAUGUUUUUAUAAAUCCUGUGUGUAAGAUUUCCUGUGUAUAUUUUACAGCACAUAAGCAUACAAAGCCUGUGCUAAAUGCAUAGGGGUCUGAUCCUGCGCAGUCACUGUAGUCAGGGAGAGUUCUGUUUGCUAUUGACGUCAGUGGUGGCUCAAGGAGGUCCAAAGUUCUCUAGCCAACUUCUUUGUAUCAAUUGUUUAAAUGAAAUAAGUAGCCCAAUAGUACGUUGUAAAUUUGGGUCUUUUUAAACUCACUCCCAUUAGGCAGCUGAGAUAACUGUCAAUAUUGUUUCCCCAAAAUUUUACAUUAUAAAUACAUGAUUUUGUUGCAAAAAUGAUUGGCCGAUAUGCUGGGUUUGCCUAUCUAUCUGUGUCAAACUGUGUUUUCUCUAAUUUUUUCUUGUUCUUUUACAGUCCAUUUGGUAAUUGUAAAAAUGCUCCACUGAGGUUUUGAGAAACCAUCUGCAUUUAUUUUAUCACCUUUGAACAUGUGUUCAGGAAUGAAGUCUGUGUAGCCAGUUUACUGCUACCUAGAGAUUUGCGCUGCUACACCAGGAAGAAACAUUGACUGGGCUGUCCAGUGUGUGUGCGCUCAAAACCACUCUUAAUAUUCUGUUAUUUCAAUGAGUUAGCAAUCCGAGUUUCUCGCUCAAAUAUAUGUUGUGUAUCUGCAGACAAUACAUAACAGGAAACAAGUUUGAUUUGGAGUUCCAAAAUUAAGCAUUUAAUGAUAAUGACCUUGCUUUUUUGACCUUUCAGCAAAUACAUUUUUACAACAAACUGAAAUGUAUAACCAUCCAUUUUGGUUAAUAGAAACAUUGUGGCAAAAAUCAAUGGGAUUCUGUGUUCCCCACACUCAGGACGCCUAUGUAAUUCAUCAUGCAUGUGGCGGGGGGAGAACAGGCCCUGCAGCUUGUGAGAAGUGAAGAGAAGUGAGCUGGGUCAGAGCCGGUUGUAAGUAUGGAGGGGUUGUUUUCCAAAAUGCUUUGCCUGUAUUUUGUUACAGCAGAUGGCAGAAUGAUGAAGCAAGCACAGAUGUGAUGUAAAAAAAAGUCAACCAGUGCCACGGCUAACAAAACCUUUCUUAGGAGAGUCUGCAAUUUGCUACUGCUGUAGGCAUGAGGAGUUGUUUUAACCAGGUUGUUACCUAGUUCUGCAAUGACAUUCCCUAUUAAAUUAUUUCAAUAAAUUUUCCUUUUUUUGCCACAGAAGUUCUCUGGAUAUUGUCAAAUUAGCAAGUUAAAAAUAUUUUUUGUAAUCUUUAGCUGCUUUGGUAUCACUGACGAGCUGUAUGUUUAGAACGGUAAUGCUUUACACGAAGGUUCCUAAAUUACCAUGAGGGCCAGAUCCUGCAAUAGGCACAGCCAUUUUGAGCCACAUCACUGCCAGAUUCUGGCCACCACAAGAGCAUCCUCCAGUGGCGUCAAGCUAGCACACAAGCUCCUACGCUCCCACCCAUCUGCUGCUGUCAUAAUAGAGGUCAUGGCUGGAUGAAAGGCUCAGAGCGGGACACCCCAGGCUGAACAGAACACUGGCUGCCAUUUUGGCCCUGGGGAACCUAUUAUAGCAGUCUGAAUAAGUCAGAGCAUGCUCAGGCUGUUCUUACUUACACCUAGGAAUUGGCUCUGUGCACAGUGGCCUCAGGAUCAAAAGAGGGCAAAAAUGAUCCCUAGACCAUCAUUAGUUCCAUGCCGAACCACACCGACACCCUUGUCUUGCACAGUGUGUUCCUCAGUUGUAGACAGCAGGGCAGCCCGGGGGGGGGGGCAAGGCAAGUGGGGCAAUUUACCCCAGGCCCGGAGCCCCGGCCUGGCAGUGGUCCGGGUCUUCAGCGGCAUUUUGGUGGCAGGAGAUCCUUCAGUGCUGCCAAAGACGCGGAGCAACUGAAGGGCCCCCCGACGCCGAAAUGCCACUGAAGACCUGGACUGCCACCGGGUGAGUACAAGUGCCGCAGCUCCCCCGCUUUGCCCCAGGCCCCCUGAAUCCCCUGGGGUGCCCUAUUAGGCAGGGAUCUCUCCCUGGGUACUCUGUCCAACGGCUGAGAUGCAGAGUCAGACUUUUGGCUGAGGGAUAGCGUGGGCAGUUCCCAGGGACUGAGCAGACAGCCAAUCUGUAGCUCUUGUCAAGACAAAGGGGAAGGUAUCGGUGGCUGAGGCAGUUCAGGGUAUUUAAAUUAGAGGAAAGAUGGUUUUACAGAGAAGACACAGAAGUGAGGUCAGGAGACAAGACCCGGGAUCUGUUGCUGGCUCUGCCACAGAGUCACUGUGACACCUUCGACAAGUCAUUUCACUCAAUAUUUUUAAAAGUGUCCUCAAAUUGUGCAUGUCCACAUUGUUAUAGCUAGGGCCUGAAUUCCACCUCUCCAAAUGAAGGUGAAAAGAGAGAGAGAGAGAGAGAGAGAGAGAAAGAGCGCAUGCACAUCUGAAAGUUUGUACCUCAACCUCAGUGCCUCAGCUUCCCAAUCUGUAAAAUAGGGAAUAAUAAUAAUGAUACUUACCUACCUCACCUGGGGAGUUGUGAGGCUUUCUCCACUGUUUGCAAACUACAUUAAGCUCCUCUGAUGGAAAAUGUUGGUAUUAUUUGGAGGGCUGAGGUAGCUUGGAAACAUGGUAGAUCUGAGUUUUCUUCUAUUAGGGUGGAGAUGAGAAAGGACUUGCUACUAGAAGUGGGAGUCUGAGCUGGGAGGGAGGCGUAUUACAGGAGGUGUAGGUAGGGGGGGAAGAGGUUGGGUCUGUUUUGAGAAGGGUAGUGAGAGGGUCAUUCAGAAAAUUCCUGUUGAUUACCUCAAUGUAGUAUACUCAUUCCCUGUAUCUGAAGGGUUCAUUAAAUACCAUUGGAUUAUUUGACACCCUGAAGAAUUCAAAAUGAAAAUUAACCACUGUAUUAUAGAUAUUAAUUGACACAAUUGCAAUAUGCUGAUUAGGAAUUAAUAAUUUUCUGAACGUAUGUUGCCUUGGUUACAACCCUCAUGCAGCCCAGUUGUCAGCACUGGGAUUCAAAAGGGGUGAGGACAGAAUUUGGCCCACAACGUACUAAACCAAAUUGAAUGCAUACUGGUGAGCCUAAGUUGGAAGCAUUAUCCAUCACCUGAAACAAACCAAGCUUUUGACAUCAGUUCUAUCAAACCUGUCCAUUAUUCUAUCUAAUUCAAGGGAUCUAUGAAAAUAUUUAAAUAUAUUUUGAACUGUCUGAUUUGACCAGUGUGCAUAUAUCUAGUAGCAAUUUACAAAAGAAGAAAAUGUAAAUAGAAAUAUGCAGUAAAGUACUGUGUCUAGCAGUGUAAAUAACUUCUAUUGAUUCUUAUUUAUGUUCUCAGUGUCUGAGAAGGGUCUAAGAUCUAUAUUUUAAUACAAAUUUGGUUUUUGUUUUACACACGGUAUUUUGUGUAGUAAGCACCUCAACUUACUGCUUGUAGAUGUUUGCGGUGUGUAAUCUCUAUGAAAAAUGUAGCAGAAUAAUGGUUCUAAACUAGCGUGGAAAUGUAAAAGUUACAAUGUCCCGCCUCUGUAUAGAAGUUAGUUAAACCCAGAUGUGUGAAAAGUGACAGAAUCUGCUUCCCAGGUUCAGAGAUUAAAUGUGGUUUAAAAUA